AUGCUCUCGCACGAUAUUCAAAACAAUCGCAUCGUAUACCAAUACGACUUUGAAAAAGUCUUCAUCGAACCAUGGGGCCCCCACGCCCUCCGUGUCCGCGCAACCCAUCAACCCACCCUCCCCUCCAACCAAGACUGGGCUCUAUCCUCUUCUCCAGUUUCAGGGUCAACCAAAGCAACAAUCCGGAUAGAACCAUCCUCAACCGGCGGAACAAUCACAAAUGGCAAAAUAACCGCCAACAUCUCUCCACGCGGUAAAAUCAUCAUCAAAAAUGCUGAAACGGGACAGCUGCUUCUAGAAGAGUACAUGCGCAACCGCAACGAUCAAUUAGAUCCGAAAUGCUCUGCGUUGCUCGUUGAGGCACGCGAGUUCAAGGCACAUGCCGGUUGUGAUGAUUAUCACUUGACCAUGCGGCUCGAAAGCGUCGAUCGGAAUGAGAAGAUUUACGGCAUGGGUCAAUACCAGCAGCCAUAUCUCGAUUUGAAGGGUCUUGACUUGGAACUUGCUCAGCGCAACUCACAGGCUUCUGUACCUUUUGCCGUCUCUUCGCUUGGUUAUGGCUUACUGUGGAACAAUCCCGGUAUUGGCCGUGCGGUACUAGGCAAGAACGUCAUAUCAUUUGAGGCAUAUUCCACGCGCGUCUUGGAUUACUGGAUUGUCGCCGGGGAUUCGCCCAAAGAGAUUGUGGAGGCAUAUGCGGAUGCGACUGGCAAAGUUCCGAUGAUGCCUGAAUAUGGACUUGGUUUCUGGCAGUGUAAACUACGAUACCAGACGCAAGAGGAGUUGUUGAACGUUGCAAGGGAAUACCGAAGACGGAAACUACCUAUUGAUCUGAUUGUGAUUGAUUUCUUCCAUUGGCCACUGCAGGGAGACUGGAAGUUCGAUCCUGUGUACUGGCCUGAUCCAGAUGCAAUGAUCAAAGAACUCAAUGACCUCAAAAUCGAGCUUAUGGUAUCCACCUGGCCUACAGUGGAUAUCAGAUCCGAAAACUACGAUGAAAUGCUCGAAAAGGGUUAUCUCAUCCGCAUGGACCGCGGUAUCCGAACGGCCAUGAACUUCCAAGGCGAAACCGUACAUUUCGAUGCCACCAACCCCGACUCCAGAAAAUACGUCUGGGAAAAAGCACGUAAAAACUACUUUUCCAAGGGCAUCAAAGUCUUCUGGCUUGAUGAAGCGGAGCCAGAGUACUCGGCCUACGACUUUGAUAAUUACCGAUACCAUCUCGGCCCAAACGUCACUAUUGGCAAUAUCUACCCUCGAGAGUACGCAAGAGCCUUUUACGAGGGCCAGACAGAUGCCGGCCAGAGGAAUAUCGUCAACUUACUCCGUUGCGCUUGGGCCGGAUCUCAGAAAUACGGCGCUCUCGUCUGGAGCGGCGAUAUCGCUUCUAGUUGGGAGUCACUACGCUGCCAAUUAGCAGCGGGACUCAACAUGGGCAUGGCGGGGAUACCAUGGUGGACGACGGAUAUUGGCGGUUUCCACGGCGGAGAUCCUACAAAGGAGUCAUUUCGAGAGUUGCUGGUGCGCUGGUUUCAAUGGGGCGCGUUUUGUCCUGUUAUGAGACUCCAUGGAGAUCGUGAACCGAAGCAACCGCAACAUGGAACGACGGGUGGCGCAACUUGUCUGUCGGGUGCAGAGAAUGAGGUUUGGUCUUAUGGGGAUGAUGUCUAUGCCAUAUGCGAGAAGUACUUGAAUAUUCGUGAACAAUUGCGCGAAUAUACAAGGGGGCUUAUGAAGGAGGCUCAUGAGAAGGGCACGCCGGUUAUCAGGCCGUUGUUUGUCGAAUUUCCGAGGGACAGGAACGCUUGGGAGGUAGAAGAUCAGUAUAUGUACGGUUUCAAGUAUCUCUGCGCACCGAUCUUGUAUCCAGGUCAAAAGAAGCGAUCUGUAUAUCUUCCAGAGGGAGAUUGGACUUUCUUUAAAGACGGUUCGAUUGCAGGUAACCACAGUGAGCAGUUUACCGGAGGACAAACGUUAGAGGUUGAUUGUCCCAUUGAAAUGAUGCCCGUGUUUGUCAAGGGCUAG